AUGCAGUACCGGUAUCUGGACCUCAGACGCCCAAGCAUGAGGGACAUGCUGAUUCUCCGACACAAGGUUGUCAAGUUCAUUCGGGACUUCCUGGACAGGCGCGGCUUUCUCGAAGUUGAAACACCGAUACUCAUCAAGAGCACGCCGGAGGGCGCGCGCGAUUACCUUGUGCCAAGCCGGCUAUAUCCAGGCAGCUUCUACGCGCUCCCACAGUCUCCUCAGCAGCUCAAACAGCUGCUGAUGGCUUCGGGAGUCGAGAAGUACUUCCAGAUCGCCCGCUGUUUCAGAGACGAAGACCCACGCGCGGACCGUCAACCCGAACACACCCAGCUGGACCUGGAGAUGAGCUUCGUCGAGGAAGAUGACAUACUCGGUCUGAUUGAAGAGUUGUACACCGCUCUAAUCGAGACGGUCACACCGGACAGGCGAAUGCUCCAACCAUUCCCCCGCCUGACAUAUGCCGAGUCGAUGGCUUCGUACGGCACGGACAAGCCCGACCUGCGAUUCGGGAUGCAGAUGGCCGACCUGUCCGACAUUGCGGAAAGCACAGACUUCCGGGUGUUCACGUCGGUGGUCCAGGGCGGCGGGAUAGUGAAGGGAUUCAGCGCUCCGGGUUGCGCCACGUACUCUCGUCGCCAGACGGACGAGUUGAUCGAAUUCGUAAAAGCAUGGGGCGCGAGAGGUCUGGUCACGAUAGCGUUGACAGACCGAAGACCAGGACGGUCAGCGGCGGCGCGAUUCCUCUCACUGGAACAGAUCAAACAGAUCGCUCAGAGGACAGGAGCGGGCGUCGGCGACAUGGUACUGAUAGUGGCUGGGCCGGAUAAGACCACCAACCAGGCACUGAGCAAUCUGCGUCACGAGAUGGGACGCAGGCUGGAGAUGGCCGACCCCGACCUCAUCGCCUUCGCGUACAUAACCGACUUUCCACUGUUCGAGUGGAACGAGAACGAGGAGCGAUGGGACGCCAUGCACCACGCUUUCUCCAUGCCCAAGUACGGCACCGAGAAGUUCAUCGAUUCCGACCCCGGACGGGUAAUCGGACACCUCUACGACCUCGUGGCGAACGGGACUGAGCUCGCCAGCGGCAGCAUCAGAAUCCACACACGAGGGCUCCAGGAGAAGGUGUUCGAGGUGCUUGGUUACACCACUGACGAGGUUGCCGAGCGGUUCGGCCAACUUCUGACCGCGUUCGAAUACGGCGCACCCCCUCACGGAGGGAUCGCGCCGGGCAUCGACAGACUGCUGAUGACGCUCACGCGGAACAACAACAUCCGGGACGUAAUUGCAUUCCCAAAGACCCAGAACGGUAUUGACCCGCUCUUCGGCGCUCCCGGCGAGGUUGACCAGGCGCAACUCGAUGAGUUGAAGCUGAAGGUGUUGACUCAAUAG